UUUCAAAUAAAUAAAUGCCAUUUGGACAAGUCAUUGUAGGACCACCAGGUUCAGGCAAGACAACUUAUUGUUGGGGCGCCUAUCAAUAUCUAACAGCAAUUGGAAGAAAAGUAGCGAUUGUUAAUUUAGAUCCUGCUAAUGAAAACAUCCCUUAUCCUUGUGCCAUCAAUAUCUUUGACUUGAUUACACUAGAAGAUACGAUGAACGAAUUAUCUUUAGGACCUAAUGGUGGCAUCAUGUUUUGUAUUGAAUAUCUUUUAAAGAAUAUGGAUUGGUUAACAGACAAAUUAAAGGAAUUGGGCGAUGAUUAUUACAUAUUGUUUGAUUUCCCGGGACAAGUAGAGUUAUUUACACAUCAUUCAGCUGUUAAAGAUCUUUUACAGGCUCUUGAAAAAGCUGAUUAUCGAUUGGUAGCUGUGAACAUGGUUGAUGCUCAUUAUUGUACAGAUCCAGCAAAAUACAUUUCGGUAUUGAUUCUAGCACUGAAAAUGAUGAUUCAGUUGGAAUUACCUCAUGUUAACGUCCUAUCAAAAGUAGACUUGAUCGAAUCUUACGGUAAACUCAGAUUCAAUCUUCAGUAUUAUACAGAUGUCAUGGAUCUUUCUUAUUUACUAGAAUCACUGAAUGAAGAUCCGUUUGGCUCAAAGUAUAAAAAACUAAACGAGGCACUUUGUGAGUUGAUUCAGGAUUUUUCACUUGUUGGAUUUUAUACGUUAUGCGUAGAAGAUAAAGAUUCUAUGACAAAAUUACAACAAGUGAUAGACAAAGCAGGUGGUUUUAUAUUUGGUGGUUUAACUGAAGGAAAUGAAUCGAUCAUGUUGACAGCUAUGAAAGCAGGAUAUCAUGAAGAUGUGAGUGAUGUUCAAGAACGUUGGAUGAUUGAAGAUGAAUACAAUGACUUGUAAUAUUUUUGUAUAUUUUUUUUUAUAUAUAUAUGUAAAUAAAAACAAGAGAGAGAAAGAGAAAGGAAGGUACUACGUUUAUGAUAAACUUAAAUAGACUGAAUCAUUGAAAAUAUGAUCAUAAAACUUUGUUACAGAAAAUCAGAUAUGCG